AUGACGGGGCGGGAGGGAGAGGCCAUGGCGGGAUGGGAGGGAGAGGCGACGGCGGUUGGGAGGAGGGAGAGGCGCUGGCGGGAUGGGAGGGAGAGGAUACUGGGAUUGGAGAAAACGGGAAAGCUAGUGCGCGCUAUUCUUCCGAGCCUUGCUGCGCGCUACCUCUCAUACCACAUUCCCUCCAUAUCCAAGUAUCUCCGCACCCACCCGUCUUCCCGCCCCCUCCACCCGCCGCCACACAAUCGUCUCUCUGCUGCAUCUCACCGUCUGCUCCCCGCGCGCGCCACCUUGCAGGUGACGGACACGCUCAUUCUGAACCCGUCGGGGCAGCUGGUGAGGGUGAUCGGCGUAUCGGCGGACAUCAGCGACAUCAAGCGCAAGGAGGGCGAGAUCCGCGCGCUCAACGCAGCGCUGAGGAGCACAUCGUGGAGCGCACGGAGCAGCUGCAGCGCAACAACAGGUGCUGCGGCGAGAAAUGGAGGCGCUGCUGUCUGCGGGGAGCACAUGCAGCGAUGCAUCAAGCAGUCGCUGGUGCUGGAGCGGAUGGUGGCGGAGCUGCGCGAUUCGCGCUCGGAGGCGGAGUCCGCCAACCGCCUCAAGUCACGAUUCCUGGUGUCCAUGAGCCACGAGAACCGUACCCUCAUGAACAGCGUGCUCGGCAUGACGCAGCUGCUGCUGUCGACGCCGCUGUCAGAGGAGCAGCACUGCUUCGUGGAGAUCGGACACCCGGCAGCCGACACGCGCUGCUGGCCAUCUGGAUCUGAGCAAGAACGAGGCGGGCGGGCUGGAGAUAGGCAGAGCGAAUCCGGCGUCACCACGUGCUUCGAGGACAGCGUCAUCCUGCUCGCGGUCAGUGCUCGCUUGCUCUGGAUCUCUCAACGCUCCUCUGUUGACUCGCAAUCAUAG